AUGCCUUCGAUCAAGAAGACCCUCAAGAGCGUGCAGCAAAAGCUCAAGUCCGCCGCCACGCCCGCCUUCCUCCGGCCCUCCACCGCGCUCCCCCGUCCGCGUUCUCGCUCGCGCUCGCCCACCCUCUCCGUCUUCGACGAGAUCUUCAAGCCCAAGCCUGUCCGCGCCGACCUCUUCACCAUCGAGAUCCUCCUCGCCUCGCCCGCCGCCACCAUCGUCCCCACCCCUCCUCCCGCGCCCGCUCCCGAGCCCAUCAGAUACGUCCUCGGCCGGCUGCCCAUCCCCGCCGAGUUCAGGGCCGCGUCCAAGCCAGAGUCGACCAACCCACCUGUCCGGCAGGUAGCCCCCGCCGCCGCCGAGGAGCGCGCCUCCUGGCUCGCGCAACUCAAGAAAGAGGGGAUCCCCGCUACUGUCCGGGCUGCCAUGCAGGAGCGGGCUCAGAUUAUACGCGAGCGGGAGCAGAAGGAGAGGGAGGAGAAGGAGCGCAAGGAGCAGGAGGCACGGGAGAUCGAGCUCCUGGAGAUCGAGGUCGAGGAGGCGCGUGCCCAGCUGGAGUACUGGGAGCAGGUCGUGGACGCGUCGGAGAAGCGGGAGAAGACUCUCGAGGAGAGCAUCGAGCGCCUGGACGAGAUGGUCGGGCGGCUGGACGUGAUUGGGGAGCGGUUGGAUUCUCUGGAGGUACGAUCAGGAUGCGCCGCCAAUGCUUGCAGCACGUCUCGUCAGCCGCAUACCUCCUCCAGCCUGUCUGCCAUCCUCCUAGGAGCCGCGAUACUCUUUGGUUCGGGUCAUGAGGACGGCAAUAUUCUCCAGCGGUUCGGUGGGUCUCUCAAGGAUGGUGCGGGGGAAUAUCAUGGGAUGGGAGGAGGGAAGGGAGCGGGUGGAAGGGAGUCGGGUGGAGUUCAAGAUUUGGGAACAAGAAUCGGUGAGGGAUGGGAGGCGGCCGAUGAACAGGAGGGGGGGAUGCAUAGCCCGAAGAAUUCUCGGGGCACAUGCGCAACCGACAUCUCCCUCUUCGUUCAGUCAGCGGCUUACUCUUUGCAGACGACUCAGGCGCGCUGCCAAUGCUUGCGCGCGCCUUGUCUGCCCAUCCAUCUUCCGGCAUACGAGCGCAUGUCCGCAUGUGACCGACGGAGAGGAUUUCUCUCUCAGCAGUUCGGCGGGGUUGAGAAAUGGGGACGAGAGCUGGUGGGGGAUAGGAAGUGGCCGACGAACACAGGGGGACGCAUAGCUCGACGAUUUCUCGGGGCAUAUGCGCAACGCACGUCUCCCCUCCUCGUUUUGCUUAUCGGCACACUCAUCGCAGACGACCCAGGCGCGCUGCCAAUGACUGCGCGCGCCUCGUCUGCCUAUACCUCUUCCGGCGUAUGA